CUCUUCGUCUGUCCUUUGCCAUCACCACUGCGACUCCCGCAACGCCGCCGUGCACACGCCGAACAGAGACCCCGUCCUGCAAACACGCCGUACACAGCUCGCCGCAGAUGCAGCAGUCAUAAGCACCAUAGCCCACGCCGCACUCACUGCAACACCAACAUGUCGCCCUUCGAUAUCAAUCCGCGCAAGCUGUUCGUGCGGACGCGCUUCGGCUAUGAGAAGCUGCCCGGUGCUGAUAGUCAGAGCUCGUCGCCGCUCUUCGGCACACCCCUAAUCAAAUCAUGGAAAAACCGAAGUCCAUGGGCAAACCAGCAAUGGCGCCGUCCGCGGCUGUCGCUACCACGCAUAAUAAUGCUCAUGAUAACAACACUGCUGCUGGCCUCGAUGCUCGGCACUGGCAUGUACAGGAGGCACAGGUGGAACGAAGAGCAACGAAAGAAGGGAGAGAGGAAACUUUAUCACUGGGAGCAUUUUCCUCGCUUGGAUGGUUACUACAAUGGCAUUCGGUCCAUAGUGCCCUUCUCUGAUUGGGUGCCUGAGCAGAAGUUCAUCAAAAACGCCCUGUCUGGCAACCCAGAAGACAAGCUCGAACCCAAGUAUCCUGUACUAUCUAAGGAGCACAAGGAGCCGCCGCUCGAUCCCGUACCGUUCAACCCGUACCCUGACUAUUCGACGUACGAAUACCUAAAUAAGCAUGACAAGGUUGAGACAUGUUAUCUAGACAAGGAUGACAAGGUUGACCUGCCCGAUAUCUACGCGUAUCCCGGCAUCCCUCAGAACAUGAGCGAGCCUUUCUUUGGCUCGUACGAGGAGCUUGGCUUGAACGAAAAGGUCUGCUUCGAUCGUUUCGGGAGAUUUGGGCCGUAUGGAUACUCUUACCCUCGGGAAGAGGGCGGCUUGGGCAUGUCUGGCAAGUCGGAGAGCUGGGGAGCAGACAAGAUCUGGAGCUGGGAGAAAAAGAUCGAUUACAGCAAAGUAAGUUGGGCUGACGCGCAGAGGAAAUGCUACGAGAAGAACAAAGUUCGCUUCGACAAGAACAUGACCGAGGCAAACAAGGACGUUCCUGCCAAGAAGAAGCUGCCACGCCACGCAUACAUCCUUCGGACUUGGACCGGGUACAAGUACAGUGACUACCAGAUUCUUACCAUCCGCGCCAUGAUCAAUGAGCUUGCUCUCAAGUCUGGAGGCGAGUAUGAUGUGCACUUCCUAUUGCAUGUCAAGGAUGAUAGCAUACCCAUUUGGGCUUCGGAAGAGAUAUAUAACAAGACUAUCGAGGACAAUCUUCCCAAGGAAUUCUGGGGCAUGGCAACUCUUUGGUCAGAGCAGCAGAUGAAGUCGUACUAUCCAGAACCAUUCCCCAAUAACGUCUACAACCAUGCCAAAGCCCCUGUCCAUUCCGUGUACCGAAGUGCUCACUUCUCUCUCCAAUGGUUUGCACAGCGCUGGCCUGAAUACGACUUCUACUGGAACUGGGAGAUGGAUCUUCGAUUCAGCGGGCACUACUACGAGUUCAACACCAAGGUUGGUGAGUGGGCUAAGAAUCAACCGCGAAAGGGAAUGUGGGAGCGCGCUUCUCGUUACUAUAUUCCCGAGCUUCACGGGUCUUGGAAGAACUUCACUGAGCUGGUCGAGGAGGAGACGUUCAACAGCGAUGAGAAGCCAGUGUGGGGCCCACCUAAGUUCGAAAAUACUGGCAUGCUUCCGACUCUUGACGAAGUCAAACCGCCUCGCUCUUAUCUCCAGGAUAAUUAUGAAUGGGGUGUGGGUGAGGACGCGGAUCUCAUCACGUUCAACCCAAUCUUUGACCCUGCGAAAACCAACUGGGUGUUCCGUGACGACGUCACUGGAUACGAUCUUGAGCUCCCAGAACCACCUCGCCGUUGUGCCAUCAUUACGGUGUCCCGUCUGUCGAAACGCUUGUUGGAUAUUAUGCAUCGUGAGACCUAUCUCAUGAAGCAUCAUAUGUUUCCCGAAAUGUGGCCACCGAGUGUCGCCUUCCACCAUGGAUUAAAAGCUGUGUAUGCCCCUCAUGCCGUCUACUUCGACCACAACUGGCCUCUCGAAACCCUGGAUGGAACCUUCAACCGCCCUCCGAAGCCCACCGACAGUGUUUUCGGUUGGGGCGAGCACAACCAGCUUGGUAGCAGCUUCUACUACAACGCCGCCUUUUCGUCUGCCUGGUGGAGAAGAUGGCUUGGCUCAGUCGAGAAUGAAGAAGGUGGUACUGCCGCAGAGGAGGCAGGUACCGGCCGAUUAUGUAUGCGGCCGACACUAUUCCACCCCGUUAAAUUCGAGCGCGGGGCGGAGUGAUCACUUACUUUCACUUCUUCUGCACCCUUUUAAUGCCUGUUUCUGUUUUUGUUCGUGCUGCAAUUUCCCGCAUGACUAU